AAGCAUUGUUUUACCCCCUUUUUCAAAGACGGUGCAUUUCUGAUCGUUUAUAAUUCAUUGCAAUGACAACAUUGAUACAAUGAUGUAUGCAACCACUGAAAUUGCUUACCGACGAUGUGAAAAUCGAGAUCAGUAUUUGGGUAGAGGCUUUCAAGAAAAAAGGCAAGAUCUAAGUUCAUGAGAAAUAUUCACAAAAAGUCAACCGUGGAAAUGGAAUAUUGAUAUUCUAUUUAAGUUUUCAUCUUUUUGUUUACUUCAUUUAUCACAUGAUAAUCUUGUUCCAAAGAAACGAAGCCUGUUUUCAAUCUCCAGAAAUACAGUCGGGUUUUCAAAAGGGACUUCUAUGUAAUGAUAAUCAUCAGCGCCUGCAUGAUCUUUAAUGUCAGUGACAGAGAAUCAACAUCAAUCAUUUUAUGUCCAUUUGAAUCAGAUGAAUCAUUAUAAAUCAUUAUCAACCACCUGGAUGGAAAUAAUAUUUCCUAGAUCGGAAUUUGCAGUUGAAAUGCGCCAUUUAUUACAGAAACAUUGAGGAACGAAAUAUUUUCUUAGGUUCCUCAUUCAUCACUGAGCUAUAGGUUCCUUAUGCACUCGUGCAAUUGUGACGUCAUUGUUUGGUAUGUUUGUCAUUAUGUUUAUUACGUAAUCACGUCCUACCGGUGUAAGUUUUACCAGACAGUAAUUAUAUACUUCUCGUCUCCCGGGUUAUGGCAGGACAUGCUAAAGCCUGAAUUACCAACUCGAAAUUUCUUAGUAGCAUGCGUGGAAGCCUUUAGAAAGACCAUCGUAUCGUGUAUAACUCGAUUAAAUGUGAGUUAGUGUGUUUUCAUCCAAUUAAAACGCCCGAGGAAACCUGCAACACAUGCUCAUUUAAACUGAUUAUUAUAAAGCACGGGCGAUCAUUUAGUCGAGUGAUUGCCACGACAACCAUUGUGGUUUUCAAGAUGACAGAUCAUUUAAACGUUUUGUGAAAUCUGACGAGCAAAGGAACAUCCUUAGAUCUGACUCGAUUAAUCUAAAGAAGCUGUCAAGCUCUUAUGAAGCGUAUUGAUUUGUUGGGGUCACUCAGUAUACUUCAGCACUGUCACCGUAACGUCACAGUCCAGAUCAACGUCGCCCAGCGAGUUAACGUGGUAUUGGCUCGGCUAUUCAAUUGUGCAGUUGGACUCCUGUUUUGUGUUAUGAAAACAUUCCACUUUUUUGAAGGAUUUGACGGAGAUUUUACAAACCACUCUGUUGGAUGAGUGUGAAUUGGUAAUUUAUAGCGGAUCAUUAGAAUAAAAGCUGGACACUACCUGGGAUAAUCAACAUCAGAAGAGAAAUGGUCAUUUGAUUGCCUGACUGUCCGGCAUCGAGAGCUGAAGGGUUUUAUAAAUUCACUUGUUCGUUUCAACUAUAUUGCCAAUCUAUGAACUGUUUGCAAUCAGCUAUACAAGGACGGAACAAUAAUACGCGUGGAUUACAUCAAUUGCUCCGAGUGUCAUAUGGUAGUGUUACGUGCCGACCGACUGUGGUUAAAAGUACUUGAAUCUGGUUAACAGAAAAUGAGGAUGGAAUCGAAGGGAUUACCCCGUGUUUGGUUUGUAUCUUUCAUAGUUUAUGCUGCCCUGUACUUUGCUCCAAAAGGGUGCAACGUUUAUGGUAUGGCAUUGCUGCCCCCAUUGAAUAACAACAAAUCAAUGGCAUCAAACACUAAGCAAUUCCAAGAAAAAAAUCACACAAAACAAUCAAACACUUCGCUUAUACUAUCACGAAUGCUGCGAUUAAACGAGAGCAAUUUAGAACAGAGCAACGUGACAACGCCAACUACAGUUGUUGAUUACGAAAUGAAAGACGUAGACUCAGAAAUUCGAGCUUAUAUUCAAAUGCAAAAACCUAAAUCGUCAAUAAUUGGCGGAAUAAGUUUUCAUUUACCUGAUUCAGACGUUGCCGAAAUGGACGAGAACACACAAACAGAUAAAAAACACUCGGAUGAUGAUUAUCAAAUGAUCCAUUACAGAAGCAGAUCGAUUUUGGAUGGUCUAAGUAUGGCCGAUCGACUGAAGAGACACAUCUUUGGGGAAGAUAACAGAGUCCAUUUGCCGACAACUUUAACAGAAAAACUCCCAUUUUCAGCUGUGGUGAGAAUCGGGUACGGUUGUUCAGGAACCCUAAUUUGGUACAAGCAUGUUUUAACAGCUGCUCACUGUGUUCACAAUGGGGAAAAAUUGUUGCCACUGAGGAAGUUGCAAGUGGGUAUCUUGCGAGAGGGUGGUACGUUUAAGUGGUUCAGAGCGAAAAAGGUUUUCGUUGGAAAUAAAUGGCAUCGCAAAUCAGGAUAUGCAAAGGUCGGGCAUGAUUUGGCGGUAAUCGAACUGCAAAAACACCAUGGUCGUGAUUACAUGAGGUUCGGAUACGAACCGACACCAGCGGGUAAAACGAUUCAGUUUGCCGGGUUCCCCUCUGACAAACCGGUAAAUGAAAUGUGGUUUUCCCAAUGUAGAAUCAUGAUGCUCAAGAAGAGAAGACUAUACAACAAUUGUGAUGCGUAUAAGGGUAUGUCCGGCUCUGGGGUGUAUAUAUACCAGAAAAAGAUGCCAAACUCACGGUCUGCCUCAAAAGUGAAUGACUUUGACAGGAAGAUUGUCGCCGUACUCUCGGCAUUUAGGGGCAAGAAAAAUAAUGGAAAAAUCACCCAGGGACACAACAUCGCCACAAGACUAACAAAGAAAAAAGUUGAGAGGAUCUGCCAUUGGAUAAAAGCCGGUAGAGAUUGCAGAUGGCUAAGAAAUUAGAGUUGUAUCGUGAAAGAAGGGGCGAGGAGACCUUUUUCAUAACCUUGCAGACAACGACGCGUCGCCAAUGAGUAAACGGCUUUUUGGUCGUACGAUGUGCGCUGGCUGCCGCGCCUUGAUCGCAUCCUUCCCGUCGCCAUACAGAGUCAGCACAUUAGUGCUUGCCACAAACAAAAUGUCGGAACAUAAGGUGAAAACGUCUCAAAGACACCUGAAUUUCCCGUGACUAAUUUGAUGUUAUCAGGCAUUGACAGGCGCACGUGUUGCAAGACAAGGAACCAAUUGUUGAUAAGUGACACCUUUUGGUAGACAAUAAUUUCGUAAGUUGAAAACUUUCACUCGCAUAUUCCACGUUCUUGUGUUGUUUGUAACUCCCUAAUCCACUCGCAGCAUAAUAUUGCCCAAUAUCCAGGCUUAUUGUCGUAUUUUGUGAUAUUUUAGCAACGAAGUGCGCCGUUUAGGAGAAAUGCAAACCGUAACGUUAUUGAUGUUUUUAAACUAACUUCAGUCCUGCUUUCGCAGUAUUGUUUUAUUCGCUCCCAAAAAAGUGAGGCUUUUAUAGAAAUUUUCCCUAACAUGUAAAUGUGGAGCUGUUACUUUUUAUCCAAGACAAGGCUGAAAUCGGUUCUUCAAAUUCAGUUCCCCCUCACUUCACCCAGCCCUUCUAACUUUAAGAAUCAAUGUAGGGUUUUUUACUUUUUUGUAAAUGUCAAUGUUUGUGUUCGUUUGCUUGGACAAAACUCUGCACCCCUCUAGCUAGACUCUUCCACUAUAUCAAAAAAGAUUACCAGCGAAGAAGAAUAAUUUUGCCUUACCACACGUCGGCACAAAAUGUCUGUAUUUAAUCCUGAUAACGAUAUUUAUCGAGUGUGCAUGCUAAAACUAGUGCACAAUUAGUAAAAAUUUCAUCACCAUUAUAAUAUUUUGUAAUUUUUGUAUAAAUAUAUAAGUUCUUAUUAACUUAACUUGUGGCCAGUAGCAAUCAAGAAGAAUCAGUAGUUGCAUUUUAUCAACACAAAUUGUUUCUGUCUCUUAAUGUCAUCUGUACUGCUAUAAUUAAUUGAUCUCAAAAAUUGUCCUUUUUCAAAGAAAAGCACUAAAUUUGAUUGUCAUUAAAAUAGAAAACAACGAGUGUCUGUGUAUAAUUGAAUUCACAGAUGAUCUCAUCUUCAAUGAACAAGAAAGUGAAUCAAAGUUCUAUUUAUUACUUGUUCCCGGAGAAUUUGUUUCAGAAAUUAUGCAAAAAAUUGUUUGGUUCUUCAAUAAAACAUUCCUUUCCAGAAAGAGAUACCAGGGCGGCGAAACCGGGGUGGGGGGGGCAUGCCCCACUUUUCUGCAGAGCUAAAGAAAAAUUUUAGGCAAAAGUGGAAAUAAAUGUAGUAUGAUUCUGUAAGUAACUUUGCUUAGUAUUCUCUUAAAUGUGUCCUUAGCGUUACCAUGGUUGCUAUGUCUUUACCAUAGAAGACAUACAUAAAAUUGAAUAUGGGAAUUAGAUCGAAGAAAUCGGUCAUUGUCUAAGUUUUACAACGAGUAGCAGCUUGGCUUAGCAAAUAGAUCGAGAAACCUAGUCCAGAAUAACUUGGUGCCAGCACAAAUUGACGGAGUUUCGUUUUUUCCAUUGCCUAAACUUGGCACACAAGGUCUAUUUCUUAACGAAAACUUUCUCAGAAACAUUACAAAAA